CUGUAAUUUGACGUUUACGAUCUGGUUGACCUGUCACUUUUUGUUAAGUAUUAGAUGUUCGGUAGGAAUUUGUAUUUUUCGUGUAUUUAGUAAAAGUAAUAAUUAAAUAAGGUUCAGUUAGUAUUGCGAAUCGCUAAAGAUUUAACAUUGCUUUGCAAUGUCGUACCAGUUGUACCGAAAUACAACUUUAGGUCAUACAUUACAGGAAAGUUUGGAUGAGUUAAUACAGUAUGGUCAAAUAACGCCUCAACUGGCUUGUAAAGUGUUGUUAUUAUUUGAUAAGUCUAUUAAUAUGACUUUGGCGACUAGAGUCAAAUCUCGGCUAACGUUCAAGGCUGGUAAACUUAAUACUUAUCGAUUUUGUGACAACGUGUGGACAUUCAUGCUCAAUGAUGUCGAAUUUCGAGAAGUGCAAGAGAUUACCAAGGUUGAUAAAGUGAAGAUUGUUGCCUGUGAUGGAAAAAGUGUUGGAGAUGAAGGCAGCUCAAAGAAGUAAGGCCCUUUCAAAGAAAAUUAUUUCUGUGACUCUAUUUUGUAAAUAUUUAUAGCAGUUUAAUUUUAUAUUAAAUAUAAAUGUAAGAUUCAUUGUGAGACUGGAGGUCCAGUCAUGAUUAGGUUGAGUGAAUGAGGUGUGUCAAUUUUUGUCGUUAUAAUGUUGAAUUACUUAAUUUUAAUAAAAACAUUUUGUAAUAAAAAUGGAAAGCAAAUAAAUGUUUGAAAAAA